ACAAGUUCAAACAUUUGCAAAAGCCAUCACUUCCAUUCAUCUUCAAUCUUCAAAUGAAGCUUUUUUAAUUCAAGAAAAUACUCAUGCUAGCACUAAAACCCCUCUUAAUUCUGAAAAAAGAUAUCUUUUUUACACCCCAAUUACCAGAAAAAUAGUUAUAUAUAGUGAAGAAUUUCACAAGAUAGCUUAGCUUAAGCUAUGGAGGCUGCUGGAAGAAACCUUCUUUCUUCACCACCAACUUUUUCUCAGAAAACCCAACUCAGAAAUUGUUCUUCUUCAGUUCUGAUGCUUCAUGAGCAUGCUGCUCCUGUGCUUUCUUCAGUGCCACAUGCUUAUUUGGGUCGACAUGUUCCUGCAUCAGCUAUCGGUCCGGAACAGCAGUUUGAGAAUCGGCUGCAAUUGCACCUAGUAAAGGAAGAGAAAACAUCCCUGGCAACAAUAGAUAGGAGGCUUGUGGAUGCUGCAUCCUCAGAAUUGGAAGACAAUGAUGCUGUUGAUUCAGAGCAAAAUAUAAAUGCUUUGCAAGUGCAGCUACUUCGUUGGCCUGGUCCAUCAUAUUCAUUUCCCCCGUAUUAUCUGAAGGGAAAAGGACCAUUAUCUCCGAAUAAGGAACCUCUUCACAGUAAGGGAGAUAAAUUAAUGACCUUUGAACCACACAGCGUGGUUGCUCUUGCCAGAAAGGCUUUGUUGGCAUCAAGAGAGGCAGCUUUAUUAGCUGAAGACUCCAAAUUACUUGAUGAUUCUAAUUUUCCGAAUUUCCUAUCCACAAAUUUGGUUGAUGAUAAACUGAAAGAGCAACGGACAGUAAGGUCAACACGUUUUACAGAGAGGCAGUCUAGAAAAAGGGGAGCUCCAAAGCCAAUACAACAAGUUCAGGAGACAAAUCGUUCAGGCAGGCCAGAUGUGCGGAGAAAAGUGAACGAAUCUAUUGAUCUAAAUGAUCCUCUUCGAAUGUUCCUAUGGGGUCCCGAAACUAAACAACUUUUAACCGCCAAAGAGGAGUCUGAAUUGAUUGUCAAGAUACAGAUAUCCAUGAAAUUACAAGAAGUGAAGCAUCAACUUCAGAUUCAGUUUGCUCAUGAACCAACGUCUGUUGAGUGGGCUGAAGCUGCAGGGAUUACUUCUCGAGAAUUGAAAUCACAACUUCUUUCCGGCAAGAGCAGCCGUGAGAAAUUAAUUAAUGCCAAUUUGCGAAUGGUGGUUCAUAUUGCUAAGCAAUAUCAAGGACGUGGUCUCAACCUUCAGGAUCUAUUGCAGGAGGGAAGCAUGGGACUUAUGAAAAGUGUCGAGAAGUUCAAGCCUCAAGCUGGUUGUCGAUUUCCUACCUAUGCAUACUGGUGGAUAAGGCAAUCAGUUAGGAAGGCCAUAUUUCAACACUCUAGGACAAUCCGUUUGCCCGAAAAUGUGUAUGCGCUUCUGUCUAAAGUAAAAGACGCCAAAAGAGAAUGCAUUCAACAAGGCAAUCGCCAUCCAACCAAAGAAGACAUUGCAUCAUGUGCUGGAAUGAGUGUGGAAAGGUUGCAGAAUCUGCUUUCAAAUGUUAGAACACCUCUUUCAAUGCAACAGUCAGUGUGGUCGGAUCAAGAUACCACUUUCCAGGAAAUUACUGCUGACAAUGCAAUUGAAGCACCAGAACUGAGUGUGUCAAAACAACUUAUGAGGCGUCACAUACGCGGCCUCCUAAAUGUCCUGAGUCCAAAGGAGAGGAAAAUAAUCCGACUUAGAUUUGGUAUUGGAGAUGGCAAACCAAAGUCUCUAUCCGAAAUAGGCACUGUUUUUGGACUGUCAAAGGAACGAGUUCGACAACUAGAGACCCGAGCACUAUAUAAGCUAAAGCAGAAUCUUAACAAGCAUGGCCUCGAUGCAUAUUCCGAUUUGCUCUUUUAGAUCACAGUCUCUUCAAUUUACAUAGAACGACUCGAGUUGGAGCUGUGGCUGAUGUAGCAGAUGUUACUUUGAAAUCAACAGUACAUAGAAGUUGCUCACAUCCUUGUAAGUAUGGGGCAAACAUUCAAAUUCCAGC